AUGGAGAGGGAUCCAUUAAGCAUGACCUUCUACAACCCUGAGAUCCCCCAAAUGAAGGGGACCAGGAACUACCAAAGGCCUACCCUCCCCACCAACCAACAUCCGAGUGCCUCGAUGCCACCCCAGAGGCGGCAGCAGCAUGUGGAUCAGACAUACAGCUACAUCCGAAUGUUCUGUGGUAGUCUCUGUGGCUUUGGCUUCUUAAUCCUGGUCUGCAUGUCCCCAAUGAAAUGGGUGCAGUUCCUGGUGACCAAGAAUGGCCUUGAGCUCUACACAGGACUCUGGACCUCCUGCAACCAUGAACUGUGCUGGAGCAACACCCACCCCUACUACCUCCAAUUCUCCAGGGUCUUCUACCUCAUCUCUGUCCUUACCAUCCUCAUUGCCCUUGGAUGGCUCUUCAGUGCUUGCCUCCCUAGAAGAGGAAGUGUGAUCACCAACUUGGAUCUGAAGGUAUCCAUGCUCAGCUUCACCUCAGCCACCUGCUUGCUUCUCUGCCUCAUCUUAUUCCUCGCCCAUGUCCAUCAGCAUAAUAGGGAUGUUCUGGAGUCAAACAUCCUAUGGAGCUAUUACCUUAGUUAUUGCGGUGACUCCUUAUAUGUGUUUGCGGGGAUAAUCUCCUUUCUCAACCACAUCAGUUACAGACCUUCCUACGAUGAAAAUGCUUCUGUGAUUCCCACAGAGAAGUCAAGGCUGGGGUUUGGACCAGUGACUACUGAGGAAGACAAAGAUCCAGAGCUUGAAGUAGGAUUUCAAAAUGAGGAAGAGACACCAAAUGAAAAACUUUGA